GCAAAUGCAAGCACAGAACAUUGAACCUAAAAUUUUCUUAGCAUUUCAUGAGCAACAUGAGUUCUACUAGUGAUGUUGUCGUUGUGGAUUGGAGGUUCAAUGGCUUCGGGAUGAGGGUGAGGAUUGCCUUGGAGGAGAAGGGAGUCAAGUAUGAGUUCAAAGAGGAGGAUCUCCGGAAUCCCCAGAGAAGCCAGCUGGUUCUGCAAAUGAAUCCAGUUCGAAGAUCCGUCCCCAUUUUGAUCCACAACGGACUACCCGUCUGUGAUUCCUCCAUCAUUCUAGAAUACAUUGAGGAGACAUGGAACGAUGGUCAUUGGCGUUUGUUUCCUGAUGAUCCUUACGAGAGGGCAGUGGCCAGAUUCUGGCUUAGUUUCAUCGACAACAAGCUUUUCAGCACUCAAACUAGAUUCCUGAAGAGCAAAGGCGAGGCCAAGGAAGAAGAGAAAAAGGAACUGAUAGCUGAUUUCAAGCGACUUGAGGAGUUCUUAGGAGACAAGGAGUAUUUUGGAGGGGAUGAGUUUGGGUUCCUGGAUGUCGGUUUCAUCCCUUUCUCUAGCAUGUUUGCAGCGUAUGAGAGUCACGGAAACUUCAAAUUGGCAGAUGAAUGCCCAAAAUUGUCAGCUUGGGCAGCCAGAUGCUUGGCGAGGGAGAGCGUUUCUAAGGUUCUUCCAGAUUUCUCAGAAAUGUAUGAGAUCCACAAGAAAUUCUAUGGAAUUGAGUGACGAGUGAUAUGCGUGCUAAUUUUGAGUUUGAGGUUGACUUGGUUCCGUUUUUUGUCUGGUUAAUGUAUGGAUCUACUAGGUUUUUUUCUUUUCUUUUUGGAUAUUCUAGAAUCAAUUUGUGCACAUAUC